AACGUGGUAGCUAGUAUCUUCCAAAAUGGCGUCCAGAUAUUAUCAAGAGAUGCAAGAGAGUUUCAGAAAUAACAACAAAAGCAGGGAAUUCCCUGCGCAUAGCGCUAAAGUUCAUUCAGUAGCAUGGAGUUGCGACGGUAGGAGAUUGGCAUCUGGGUCUUUUGAUAAAACAGCAAGCGUAUUUGUCUUAGAAAAAGACCGUUUGGUGAAAGAGAACAACUACAGAGGCCAUGGAGACAGUGUUGAUCAGCUGUGUUGGCAUCCUACCAACCCAGACGUGUUUGUCACUGCAUCAGGGGACAAGACCAUACGCAUCUGGGACGUCAGGACAACAAAGUGCACGGCUACUGUCAACACUAAAGGGGAAAACAUCAAUAUCUGCUGGAGUCCGGACGGCCAAACGAUAGCCGUUGGGAACAAGGAUGAUGUGGUUACCUUCAUCGACGUCAAAUCACACCGGUCACGAGCUGAGGAGCAGUUUAAGUUUGAAGUCAACGAGAUCUCAUGGAAUAAUGACAACGACAUGUUCUUUCUCACCAAUGGAAACGGGUGCAUCAACAUCUUGAGUUACCCUGAGCUGAAGCCCAUCCAGUCGAUCAACGCCCAUCCCUCCAACUGCAUCUGCAUCAAGUUUGACCCCACAGGGAAGUACUUUGCCACAGGAAGUGCAGACGCCCUGGUCAGUCUGUGGACCGUUGAAGAAAUGGUCUGUGUUCGCUGUUUCUCCAGGUUGGACUGGCCAGUGAGGACGUUGAGUUUCAGCCAUGAUGGGAAGAUGCUGGCUUCAGCCUCUGAGGACCACUUCAUAGACAUAGCAGAGGUUGAAACAGGAGAGAAGCUGUGGGAGGUCCAGUGUGAGUCCCCUACGUUCACAGUGGCCUGGCAUCCUAAGAGACCGCUGCUGGCGUACGCAUGUGAUGACAAGGAAGGGAAGUAUGACAGCAAUAGAGAGUCGGGCACUGUCAAACUGUUUGGAUUACCUAAUGAUUCCUGAGUGGGAUAGAGAGGCAGGCACUGUCAAACUGUUUGGAUUACCUAAUGAUUCCUGAGUGGGAUAGAGAGGCAGGCACUGUCAAACUGUUUGGAUUACCUAAUGAUUCCUGAGUGGGAUCAAACACGCUUGUCAAUGUCACUCUUUAAACCGAGUUGAUUAGGAUGAUUGGCCCUGCUUUGUGGAGUCAUGUUACCUAUCCCUGUGCAGUAAGACUUCUUCUCUAUAUGUUUAAUACAACAUACUUGACUUUUGGUCCGUUAAACAUUGACAGAAGGGAUGUCUGUAUACAGUGAGGGGAAAAAAGUAUUUGAUCCCCUGCUGAUUUUGUACGUUUGCCCACUGACAAAGAAA